GCCAGGUCACUAAGAGAAGACAAGAGGAAGAUUAUCUGCUUUAAUUGAAACUCACAGGAAACUCAGAAUGAAGAUCCGCCGUGUCGUGUGCAUCUGGAUCUUUCUGACAGAAAUUAGAAGUUCAUCUACAGAUAAGAUUGAGACACAUGGAUACACUGGAAAAAACCUCACAGUUUCAUGUCAACACAGCUGGGUUUGGAGAAACAGAAUGUAUUUCUGCACACAUCCAUGUAAAGAUGAAGAUGUUCUAGUAUCAUCUGAUCGGUCAUCUAACGGGAGAUUCAGUCUGAAGUAUCUUGGAAAUGGAACGUUCACAGUGACCAUCACUGAUCUACAGGAGUCAGACUCUGGGAUUUACUGGUGUGGAGUGGACAGAGUUGGUCCAGACACAUAUCAUGAGGUCAAUCUGAGAGUAUAUAAAGCAGCAGACACACACACGACUCUGAGGACUCCAACACCAGCGACAAAAUCUGAUCCUCGAACCUCCACGAGUACAUCAUUCACUCCAGCACCUGAUGACAUCACAAACUCAGUUUCAUUGAAAGGUCCAGUUUUACCACACACUCCAGAGGACCAAACGUUUUUUGAUAAAGCAGGUCAUCUGAUGUACACUGCUGUGGGUCUGACUGUGAUGCUGGUUAUACUUGGAGUGAUUCUCUAUGUGUAUAAAAAGAAGAAGAGGAAGUCACACAGUUCCAGUGGUAGAACUGCAGCUGAUGAUGAAAGACGCACCACAAUAACCACAGAGGCGGCAGCUAUUUAUGAAGAAAUCGCAGAGACCCAACAGCGGACUGAUCCACACACACACACCACUGUGUAUUCAGCUGUCAAUCAUCAUUCUGCAGCCAAACAGAUUCAAGAUUCAUCACUCUGUUCCGACCUCUCCAUCCAACCGUCCUGUAGAGACCAAACAGUAAAGUCCAAUACUGACACCGUUACAUAUGCAGCUAUUAACACGAAUAAAAAUGGUGUACCACAAGCAUUCAGAUCUGAAGAUACAGAAACAUAUGACACUGUGUUUUGUUCCUAAAGAUCUUUAACAUGAAUAAUGUAUUGUCACAUGUAAUGUAACUUUUAUAUAAACGUAACUUAUUUCCGCAUCACUGAUGGCCAAUUGCAAAAACAACUCAAAAUGUCUUCAUUCAGGUGGCUUCGUACACACUGUUAAAGCUUUCUGGAGCACAAAUUAAACAACAGGAACACAUUAUGUUUGACUAAUGCAAAUGCAUUUUUAUUGCAAAGGAUACUAGCACCGUUCCACCGCUGUAUACGCCCUGACCUUUACUGUCUGUAAUCUGCAAACAUCACAUCGGUUUCACACUGAUCUAGGAUCAGACUGCCUACAUCACACCCAAAAUACAUUAGAUGCACAAGCAGACUCAAACGCUGACCUCAAAUAUGUGUGAAAUACAUACCAGUUAAACAUAAUAUGUGUUAAAAAGAGGAGGAGAUAGUGGGUCUGUUAAUAGAAGCUUGACGACACUAUCGGUCAGAAUCACACAAGACUCAGUAUCAGACAGGUUUUAAUUUUGGAAGACAGAGCAUAAAGACUCUUUAAAAAGUGUAUCUGGCAACUUUAUAAAUAUAAAGACACUGGAAACUCAAAGCAUCAAAGAAGCCAAAAGAAAGUGAAAAUGAAGGUCUACGCUCUGUGCAUCUGGAUCUUUCUUUCAGGUCAGUUCUCUGUUUUUUUCUGCUGUUUCCGGAUUACUAAAGUGUCAAUACAAAGAAAAGAUUCUCAAAAAAAGUGGGCAAGCUAUACACUGUCGCCACAUCCAGCCCGUAGAUCAAUUUCAUCUGGCCCAUAGGCCGUUUUAAAACCAAUGACUGUAAAUAUAAUUUAAUUUGAGUUUGAUCAAAUAUAAUCUGAUGCAAUAUAAAGAAAAUCCAAUAGAUGGCACCAGUCUAGAGUUCAGCAUACUCCGUUCACUGACUGGAGAAUGGAAAUAUUUCUCGUGUUGGUUUUGGUCAUGUGUGCCGCACAAGGCCUGAAAAGUGAAGACAAACCAAAUAGA